CAGUCAGUAGGUCAGCAGCCUUCACUUAUUUCCACCGCUCUCUGCUCCAUCACCAACUGUCCAUCCAUCAUGAGGGAAAUCGUGCACAUCCAGGCCGGCCAGUGCGGGAACCAGAUUGGUGCUAAGUUCUGGGAGGUGAUCAGCGACGAGCACGGCAUCGACCCGACAGGGACCUACCACGGAGACAGCGACCUGCAGCUGGACAGGAUCAGCGUGUACUACAAUGAAGCCACAGGUGGGAAGUACGUGCCCAGGGCCAUCCUAGUUGACCUGGAGCCAGGAACCAUGGACUCAGUCCGUUCUGGACCCUUUGGGCAAAUCUUCAGACCCGACAACUUUGUCUUUGGUCAAAGUGGGGCAGGAAACAACUGGGCUAAAGGUCACUACACGGAGGGGGCCGAGCUGGUGGAUUCAGUCCUGGACGUGGUGAGGAAAGAGGCUGAGAGCUGCGAGUGCCUGCAGGGUUUCCAGCUCACGCACUCUCUGGGAGGAGGCACCGGCUCCGGCAUGGGAACACUGCUCAUCAGCAAGAUCAGAGAGGAGUACCCCGACCGUAUCAUGAACACCUUCAGUGUGGUGCCCUCCCCUAAGGUAUCAGACACCGUGGUGGAGCCCUACAACGCCACGCUGUCCGUUCACCAGCUGGUAGAAAACACAGAUGAGACCUACUGCAUUGACAACGAAGCUCUUUAUGACAUUUGCUUCCGCACCCUCAAACUCACUACACCCACCUACGGCGACCUGAACCACCUGGUUUCGGCCACCAUGAGUGGCGUGACCACCUGCCUGCGUUUCCCCGGGCAGCUGAACGCCGAUCUGAGGAAGCUGGCCGUCAACAUGGUGCCCUUCCCUCGUCUCCACUUCUUCAUGCCCGGCUUCGCCCCUCUCACCAGCCGGGGGAGCCAGCAGUACCGCGCCCUCACCGUGCCGGAGCUCACCCAGCAGGUGUUCGACGCCAAAAACAUGAUGGCGGCUUGCGACCCUCGCCACGGACGCUACCUGACGGUGGCCGCCGUGUUCCGUGGGCGCAUGUCCAUGAAGGAGGUGGAUGAGCAGAUGCUGAACGUCCAAAACAAGAACAGCAGCUACUUCGUGGAGUGGAUCCCCAACAACGUCAAGACGGCCGUCUGCGACAUCCCGCCGCGAGGCCUCAAGAUGGCCGUCACCUUCAUCGGCAACAGCACGGCCAUUCAGGAGCUGUUCAAGCGCAUCUCCGAGCAGUUCACGGCCAUGUUCCGCCGCAAGGCCUUCCUCCACUGGUACACCGGCGAGGGCAUGGAUGAGAUGGAGUUCACUGAGGCAGAGAGCAACAUGAACGACCUGGUGUCAGAGUACCAGCAGUACCAGGACGCCACCGCCGAGGAGGAGGGGGAGUUUGAGGAGGAGGUGGAGGAAGAUGCCUAAGUGAAAGCAAGAAAAAAGGAUAAAGGAGGGGGAAAAGUUAAUAACCAAAAAAAAAACAAAAAAAUAGAAAAAAAUAAAAAAAUAAUGUGAAAUGAAGGAAUGUAGGAGAGGAGAUGAGGAAGGUCAGAGGAGGGUGGAGGUCUGAAUCAGUUAAUAGGACAGAAGAAGAGCAGAGAAUGUAGAAGGAAGGAAAGAUGAUGUCAUGACCAAAUUAAUGUGCCAUGGUUUACUGUUUCGUGUGAUUCCACGUAAGCCGGUUUGAUCAAAACUAGUCUCCCAAAAUCUUUUUUUUUAACUUCAAGUGAAACAGACGCACUUCUAACACUUUUUAUUUCAUUACAUACAAGUAUUUUCUUUACUGUGAAGGAUUCAGCUCAGUGCUGUUACACUGAGGUUAAACCAAACCCUGCUCCUACAUUUAUUCAAACAAGCGUAGUUUUUGCCAAAAUUACCUCUGAUCAAAAACACACUUUCAGCCUCAGUGGAAAAAUCAUCUUUGGACUUCUUUGCUGAUUUUGUGCAGAAGAGGUGGAAAGUGUUUGUAUCUGUGACGCCUGAUUCAAAACAAAUAACUGCGCUGUACAGUCGCACUGGGUUGCCUCUUUGUGUUUUGCAUCAGCUGAUUGUUGGUUUUGGUCUUUUCAUUGGGUUUGUUGAACAAAAGGACAAAAUUAGAAAAUCAUGUCGGCGUAAUCGAGGUUAUCACAUUGAGUGCUGAGAUAGUUUCAGGUGUGUAACCUCGUACUAAGUUUAAGUAAUAAUAAAUCAUUCUGUUAUCAGUGUUAAUGACUUUUAUCAGUGUUAUUUACUGUUUUGUAUCAGCUUUCAAGAUCGACUCCCGGUGAUAAAUGUGAUUUUGGGCAGCAGGUGAGAAAACGUUAUCAGUAUUUCUUCUUCUGAGGCAGAUAUGCUUAAUUAGCUGGAUAAUCUCUCAUUUUUGACGCUUUUGUUGCAACCUUUUUAAGACUGCAUGAGAUAAAGAAUCCUGUGUGAGUCAGUCUUACGCUUGCAGAAUAUAUUUUUUCUUUUCCGGACAUCAGGGUUUGCACCUUUCUGUAAACAUCUCUCCAGCCUCUGUGAACUCAGAGAGUGGUUUUUCUACAGCGUCGUGCUGUCAUUAGCUUUUGUGGGGAAGAG